AUGGCACUACGAAAUAUGGCUGCGCCCCCCGCCUCACGCCCGGCAGGAUCCACACAAGCGACCGGAACCCACAGGGCCUACCUCCUGGACCCACAGAGUCCUGACUCUGAACUGCAGGGGACUGAAUAUCCCAGAGAGGCGGACACAACUGCUCCGAGACCUAUGCAGACGCCAUAUAGCAGUGGCCCUUUUACAGGAAACCCACUUCAAAGAAGGAUCCGCACCCUCACUAAAAAACAAGGACUACCCCACUGCGGUCUUCAGCAACCACACCUCCGCGAGACGGGCGGGAGUGGCGAUACUCUUGGCGGCAAAACUCCUAUUCCGAGAAAUAGACAGACUGGUAGACCCCCACAGGAACGCUACCUGUUUCUGAAAGGUGAAAUCCAAGACCGCAAAUACACAUUCGCGACACUAUACGUGCCGAACAGCAACCAAGCCCAACAUAUUCGCAGGGCCCUCUCCAAACUCUCCUCAUUCACAGAGGGGAUCCUGAUGCUGGGGAGUGACUUUAACGUCCCCCUACACCCACUACUAGACUCCUCCAUGGGGCACAGCAGAGUCCUCCAAGGAGCACUGCGGAACAUACAAACAUCUCUCCGAAGCCUAAGACUUGUGGACUGCUGGAGGGCAACCCACCCCACAGAUAAGGAAUAUACCCACUACUUGGCACCCCACAAACGAUAUGCUAGACUAGACUAUCUAUUCAUGCAACAAGAAAUCCUCACGAGGUUACAAUCAGCGGAGAUAGAGGCAGCACUCUGGUCGGAUCACAGCCCAGUCACAAUGGCAGUAGACUCUCCGCUGCUGCAACCCGCCACACGAACAUGGAGAUUGCAAGACUCACUCCUCCUAGACGCAGGGAUACGGGAAAAGGUAUCUGAGGAACUGAACGCAUAUUUCGACCUGAAUGCAACAGGAGAACUAACAGACCCCACAAACUGGGAGGCGCACAAAAGCGUAGUUCAGGGCAUACUGAUUCGCCUGACUGCUAAGAAGAGAAAAGUAUCCCGACAACAGAUAGCCGAUCUCAUAGACAAAAUCACGUCACUAGAAUCGCAACAUAAAAGAUCUCAACUGGUCUCGACCCACGCUGCACUGCUGGAGGCAUGCAGGCUCCUGCGAGACCACAUCGCACGAACCCACUACCGCACCAUACAACGCUCAAAAGCUUUCUUUUACCAGCACGCAAACAAGGGAGGGAAACUGCUAGCGAAAAUGCUCAAGGGACCCCAACCACUAGCUCAGGUCCAUAAACUCUGA